UACUAACCGCGCAGGCAUCAGGGGUCCUUCAGACUCAUGGCGCUCGAUUCUGAGUGCUGAGUGUAUUGAAUGUAGUUUAGAUCAUACAGCGGUAUAACAUUAUACUUUCGCUAUUAUUCGGGAGGAUUUAAUAUCUCGGUGUUAUGGAGGAGGUGGAUGUAGAGCUCAGUAUCACGCUCAUUCCCGGCGCUGGAUUUCAUCAGAAGCACUUGGGUUUUGAAUGGGGUCCUGGAGAUCUGUCAGUGUAUGAGACAAACUACAAACUACAAGGUCCGAGGUCUGCAGGCUCUCCGUUCGUUCACAUCGUGAGGAGAGAUGAAGACAUCUGCUCUCCCAUCCUGCGCAAACUCUUCAACGAGUCCCAUCUCAUCUUCGUGGGGCUGCAGAAAAUCAAAGAGGACAUGCCCAGCAAAAACAAGAAGUCACAGUUUGUGAGCAUCAGUAAGAACUACAGGUCUGUGAUCAGAGCUUGUAUGGAGGAGCUGCAGCAGAACGCAGUUUCAACACAAAAUGGUUCUUUAGCGUCACAGUAUGGAGAUCAGGUCUCUAUUCUCUUGGCGAUAGAGCUCAUAUGGAACUUGUGUGAGGUUCUCUUCAUCGACGCAGCGCCAGCCGGAUCUCUGUUGCUCCAGCUGCUGGAUUGGGUGCGUCUGCACAAGUCGGACGUGGACGCGAAAGCGCGAGAGGUGUUACAGAGCGACAGCCCCACUCAGCAUCAGUCCUACUGGGACGUGGUGAUCAGUUUAGUCCUGCAGGGCCGUAUGGAUGAAGCCCGUCAGGUGCUGUCCAAACAGGCGUCUCUGCGGGCGGAGAGCAGCUCUGUGUUCAGACGCAUGGACGGCCUGUUACAGACCAUGCCCAUAUUUAACGUACGUGCAUCAGGACAUGCUUUUCCUAAACUGGUUAAGAACGUGUUAUAUUUCACCCCAAAAUCUGAAGAAAUUAUAUAUUCCACUUCAAGCAUGAACAUGUUUCUGGGUCCGCGGGCGUCUCCGGAGCCUCUGGACAUCAUCCUGCUGUCAGCCUUUGAGUUUGACCUGCAUCAGGUGAUCAAAGACUGCAGCAUCGCGCUCAAUAACUGGUGGUUCGUGGCUCAUCUGACAGACCUGCUGGAUCACUGCAAACUCCUGCAGUCGCACAACCUCCAUUUUGGGUCUAAUCUGCGUGAGUUUCUGGUUUUAGAGUAUGCCUCGGGUCUCUUCACGCAUCACAGUCUGUGGCAGCUGGCGGUGGAUUAUUUCGAUCACUGUCCUGAGUUCGGUCGUGUGUAUCUGGAGCUGCAGGUCGAGAGAGUCCCACUCGACACCGAACGCAAAGCCAUUAAAGUCUUGCGGAUCUGUGAGGACAGACAGAUGAGUGAACAGGUGCGCAGUAUCUGUAAGAUCAUGACUAAAAGAGCUCUGAGGAACAACAGACUGGGAUCUGCUCUGUCCUGCAGCAUCAGAGCCAAAGACGCUGCGUUCGCUACACUUUUCCCCCACAGGUUUCUUCAGGAUUACAGUAACAAAGGCUCUUUCACAGAUCUGGAUUUGUUGGAUAAUCUGGGUCCCGCCAUGCUGCUCAGUGACAGACUGACGUUUUUAGGAAAGUACCGUGAGUUUCACAGGCUUUACGGUGAGAAGCGGUUCUCAGAGGCGGCCAGACUCCUGCUGUCCCUCAUGACGGCAAAGAUCGCUCCGCGCAGUCUGUGGAUGACGCUGCUGACCGACGCGCUGCCGCUGCUGGAACAGAAAGUGGUGAUCUUCUCAGUGGAUCAGACGUAUGAGCUCAUGUCCUGUCUGGAGGAGCUGAACUCCGGGACCAAAGACUCAAACCUGACAGACCAGGAUGAAGAUAUCGAGUCCACGAAGACGGAGCUCUUGCGACUGGCUCUGGCCCGUAACCUCACCAUGGCCAUCGUGAAAGAGGGAACUAUAGAAACAUAAAUACAUCUGAGCAUCAAAUCAGUCACUUACAGCUGUUUUUCUUAUUUGUGUCCUGUACAUAAUUCAAAAACUUGAAAAAAGUGACUUCUUUUAUAACAUUUUCCAGUAUUUG